AUGGUAGCAGAAGUUGUAGACUAUCGAGUUUCUCGACUUGUAGUCCUUUGUAAGGACUGUGGUUCUGAUGUUGGUCUCUACCCUUCUCGUCACAAAUGUAUAAUAUCCGAUGAACAAAAUACUCCUUCAUAUCUUUCGCACUCCAGUAAGCAGAGUAAUGACAAUAAUAAAAUAAAUAAUAAAGAACAACAGUCUGCUACUAGUUUGUGGAGCAAACUUAAGACUGUAAAUAACUGGAGAGAAAUAGCUCAAGACGACCCUGUUUCACCGACCCAAGCUACUCCUAGUGGGAAACUGUGGGAUAAACUAUUAAGUGCUGCAUCAUCGGCCUAUGGUUCUCUUGAAGAUAAUUCUGAUAAUGAGUCUGAAAAAGAUGAGUGGGAAGGUGAAACUCAUAUUUCUCGUAUAUUACGUGAAUAUCAUCAACAGAAGAAUGGUGAUAUUCCUGCUUG